AUGACUGUAACCAAACGACCAAACUUUCUCAUCAUAGUAGCUGAUGACCUUGGCUUCAGUGACACGAAACCUUAUGGUUCUGAGAUUGAAACCCCGGUCCUUGAUCGGCUGUCCAAAGAUGGCAUUCGCUUGACCAACUUCCACACGGCGCAGGCGUGCUCGCCCACGAGAUCCAUGCUCUUUUCGGGGACUGACAACCAUAUCGCAGGCCUUGGUCAAAUGGCCGAGGCUGCUCAUAUGAAGAGGAGGGUCACUGGAAAGGACCCUUCAUAUGUCGGCAAACCAGGUUACGAAGGCUACCUCAACUGGAAAGUGGCUGCACUGCCCGAGAUCCUCUCGGAUGCUGGCUACCUGACGAUCAUGUCUGGGAAGUGGCAUCUGGGGAUGACACCGGAUGUCUCGCCCAGCGCCAGAGGUUUUAAGAAGAGCUUUGGCUUCCUGCCUGGAUGCGGCAAUCAUUUCAACUAUGAGCCCCAGUUUGACCAGACCGAGGAUACUAUGCUACUUACGUCUGAUGGCUUUUGGAUGGAGAAUGAGAAAAAGAUUGACAGAAAAAAGGACUUGCCAGCCAACUUUUAUUCGACCAAUUUCUUCACGGAAAAGUUCAUCGACAUUCUGGCCAACAGGACCGAGGCCGAGAAACAGCAGCCGUUCUUCUCUUACUUGGCCUACACGGCACCACACUGGCCGAUGCAAGCACCGGAGGAAGUCAUUGAGAAAUAUCGCGGCAAGUAUGACAAGGGACCGGACAGGCUUAGGCUCGAUCGCUUGGAGCAGUUGAAGAAAUUAGGUCUCGUGCCGUCUGACAUUGAAGCUGCUCCCCCUGUUGGCUUUGAGUCAGGCGUUAAAUGGGACGACCUCACGGACCAUGAGCGUGCCAUUUCCGCGAGGAAGAUGGAGGUGUACGCAGCCAUGGUUGAUUUGCUCGACCAGAACAUCGGCAGGGUGAUUGACGCACUUGAAGCUUCUGGUGAGCUGGACAAUACCUUCAUCUUGUUCAUGUCCGACAAUGGAGCAGAAGGGUCGACAUUGGAGGCAGCCCCACUCUUGUCGUCAUUCAAGACGCUCGGCGAGCUGAUUGCGGCGUACUAUGACAACAGCCUUGAAAACAUUGGCAAGCAUGAUUCAUAUGUCUGGUAUGGCUCGAGAUGGGCUUGUGCCGCCACCGCACCCUCUCGAGGGUUCAAGGGGUGGUCAACCGAGGGUGGUAUUCGGUGCCCUUGUGUUGUGCGAUUUCCGCCACUUCGCACCACUCCAGAUGCAAUCUCGCACUCUUUCACAACGGUCAUGGAUAUUCUCCCCACCGUUCUUGAACUUGCGCAGGUGCAGCAUCCAGGAGCAUCAUUUAGGGGUCGUAGUGUUGUCAUUCCGCGAGGCAAGUCCUGGAUCAACCACCUUGCCUCACCCUCCGAGAACCCUACCGUGCAUGAGGAUGAAAAUCACAUUCAUGGCUGGGAGCUGUUUGGUAACCGUGCCAUUCGCAAGGGAAACUGGAAGGCGGUGCUGUUGGCAAGGCAGGGCGGCGAUAGCUGGGAGUUGUACAACGUUGAAGAGGAUCCGGCCGAGCAGCAUGAUUUAGCAAAGUCGCGGCCCGAGAUUCUAGAGGAAAUGCUUGUACACUGGGCCACAAAAUCACGCUCAUUCGGAACUUUGGUUCAGACGACCUCGGCCUCGCCUCUGCAACGCAUCGCGCCAUGCCCGACAUACCAGUUGGCAGCGGAAGACAGGGAGUUACUAGGACACUGGCACAGAGUCGCAUACAAGGCAAUCGCUCAUGAAAGAGGCUGUGAAGGUCUCUGGCAGCAUGAAGUGACGCGUCUGGCCCUCGACCAUCCGGUGAUCCUGAAUCUUGCGCUGGCCUACUCGUCAUUUGAGCAAGCCCACACGGCGCAUCGCUCACAAACAGACGUACAAGCACACCGGAGGCGACGAAAUAUAUGCGCGGCUCGAGGUUUUCGAUACUAUGAUGCUGCGGUUGGAUUGAUGAGAAGUACUGUAGCUGUAGCGAGCAGACGGAAUGGUGCUAUUUGCCAUCUCGCUUCGAUACUCAUGAUGCUCAGCUCCUACGCAGAAGGUGCGGUCAAAGAGUUGAUACGGGAUCGAAACAAGCCACCGUCCAUGUUGAAUGAUUUGCUCGUCACCUGCCGACUCACUCGAGGCGUCAGAGCCAUUGCAGAAUCCUUUGGCGUCAUUUGGCCGAACCGUUCGGAGCUCAUACUCUUCGUCACCGAGGCCGAAGUACCAGCCCACGGGCCUCUUGAUCCGGUGCUCGAGCUUCUCGAGUCUCUGACAUUUCUGGAAGAAGAAGGAAAUGCCGCGGUUAGGCGCGUCUGCCAAACUGCACUAGAUUUGAUGAAGUGGCUGGUCGGGAAAGCGCAGACGUCUGAAUGGUGGCCUGCGCAUAGAGCUUCGCUGCAAUGGGCGGCUCUGGUCAGCGAAGAAUUCAUGCAGCUGCUGGAGGCCAAAGAGCCUGCAGCGCUGGUCUUGUUGUCCUAUGGAUGCUUCUUGGCAGAUGAUGAUUGCGGCCAUAGUUUUGUACUGACGGGCUGGAAAGGGGGGGUUUGUGCUGAGAUUCGGGCGCUAGUCGGCCCGCGAUGGGCCUGGGCGGUCUCGAGCUAA